AACGACAGGAACCGCGGCUCUGGCGACACUGCCACAGAGCUACCGUCCCACUUUCCGAUCGUACACGAUCAACAGUUGUCAUCGUAGAUGACUCGCACAAUCACUGUAAGGUCGCAAAACAGCAAGUGAAUGGACGACGAAAAGUGCAUAUUGUUGAUGUGAGGAACAUUUAGUGAAUUUAUUUAUAGAUAUUUUGCUAACCUAUUGGAAUUAAACUAAUUAUAUAAUUACUAUUUACAGUGCUUAAUGCUAUACAGUGCUUAAACCUAAAUCUAUCGUACAGCUUACGAUACUUAAAACUAAAUCUACCGUGCAAAUUUCAUAUCCUAUUCAGUGAAAGUGAGUACGAAAAACAACAUGCGAAUUUGUAUAAACUUAAGUAUAUAUUUACAGAACUAUGAUAAAAUUAGCCUACAGACGUUAGAUACGACCCGUCCAAAUCUUUAAUAGUACACCAAAUAUGUAAGUCACCCUGAACUAUCCUCAGUAAAAUCACCUAAAUAAAAUUUAUUUGCAGCUUAAAGCGCACAGACAAUCUGAUCGUGUUUGCUAUAUAGAUUGGUGAAAUCUAACCCCACAAAAUCUUUAAGAUAUUUGUAUGAGGGAGAUGAUGGAAGGACAUCAUAACGUGACAGGCUUCAAUUGCAAGAGGUGCCACCGGCCGGAUUCGGCAGACGAACAGAUGGUCGCUUGCGAUGUAUGCCAUGAGUGGGAGCACUUUACAUGCGCUGGCGUCGAUGGAAGCAUAAAGGACCAACCGUAUGUAUGCAGUGUGUGUAAGCCGAAGAAAACUGGAGCUAAGGCCAAGGAGUCGUUAAAGCCACCAGAGAAGAACGACAAGAAAUCGUCUAAGGCAUCGUCGAAGAAAGCAUCCGCGAAAGUCAACCCACCUCCUUCGACCGUAAGUUCGGCUACCCGGAUGGCUAUGCUGGAGGCGCAGAUGAAAUUGCUGGACGAACAGGAGCAGCAGCAGAAAUUGGAUCUAGAAGCGGAAGAAGAAUUGAAGAAGCGCGAAUUGGAAGAAGCUCAACGACAGCUGGAAGAGAAAAGGAAACUCUUGGAGGAAGAGAAUCGUUUGCGUGAAUUGAAGCUUCGGGAAGACAAGGAGAUCCUGGAGAAACGAAAGAUUAUGAGGCAGCAGUCCAUGGACAAGAAGAACGAACUACUAAAGCAGAUGUCCGAAUGCAGCAGCAAGUCCAGUUCGAAUAUGGAUUCGAUUGAGAAAGUGUCAUCGUGGCUGGCGAAACAAGAGGAACUACCGCCACCCCCGGCCGAGCCACUAGUCCACUCUACCAAGCCACUCCCCGCGUUGACAAAUGCAGCUAGCACAUCGGCGCAAAUUCUGCCACCAAUUCCAACUAGUUCGGCAGCACUCGCCCCAACGGCAUUUUCUAGAGCAGAGCCGAGCUCCUCGGCGCCUCCACAAAUGCCAUUUUCCCUUCCGGCCACCGAUCAGCCCAAUGUACCAACGUUUCAAACACCGCAUGCGGUGAUCAACGUGUUGCCAACAUCGCAGAUACCCGUUUCAGCGGCCACAGCGCAUUUAUCUCCACCAACACAGCACGCCUACCCUCCGGCCGUUCAACCAAUGGCGUCAAUUCUGGCGCCGAACCCGUCGGUGUUUGCUUCAGCAGGCAACGAAUUCGGUCAAUCGCACCCUUUCUCAGGGGGUAAUCCGCUCGUGUCGCCCGGAGUCCCUGCAGUAUUGAACACCAAUCAGCUGGCAGCGCGGCAAGUUCUAGGGAAAGAUCUGCCCAAGUUCAGUGGCCGACCUGAAGACUGGCCACUCUUCAUAACGACCUUCGAGCAGUCCACAUUAGCAUGUGGAUAUACCGACGUGGAAAAUUUGAUCCGCCUCAAGAAAUGUCUCGAGGGCAACGCGCUGGAGUCCGUUCGCAGCAAGCUACUUCUCCCUUCCAGCGUACCGCACGUUGUCCAAACUCUACGGACCCUCUACACACUUAAUCUCCAAAUUUCAUUUCGGUAAAAACGAAUAACGAACUCAAUCGGUAAAGCUUAUUUUAACUGAAAUGUCGUUAAAAUUUGACAGUUCACCAAAAAUAACUAGUCAAAAAUAACGAAAUUCGGUAAUAUACGUUCAUUACUGAUUAUCGGCAAACUUUUUUGCCACAGCAAUCGGCAAUCUAAUCAUGUCGCUGAAUUUCGGUAAAGCGCAUCUGUCAAAAAUGAAAACGGGCACGUUGUCGUCUGGGUGCCAUCUCCAAAAAAAAAUGGUAGAAGGAUUUUUUACAGCGAAUUUCUUUCAUCGAUGGAAUUUGUAUCCCCUCGUUGGUUCGAAAAUGGAGCACUGAAGGAGGAGUGUUUUUUUUUCUGGCUCGUGUUUGUUUGCUGCCGGGGCGGACGCUGCUUCAAUCGUCAUAAAGGAGGAAAAGCUCCCAGUAAGCAUCUGACCACGAAGGCCGCCCGCAAAAGUGUUCCCUCGACCGACGGAGUGAAGAAGCCACAUUGUUACCGGCCGGGAACGGCAAGGGGAACGGUAGGUCCACCGAGUUGCUGAUCCACAGUUGGCGUUCCAGCUUGCGUUCCAGUACUUGGUUCGUUAAAUUGCGCAGGAUUUCAAGAUGGAUCUGUGCUUCCAAAGUGCCACCGUUGCUGCCCUGCAGGAAGCCAGCGAUACGUACCUGUUCGGAUUGCUCGAGGACACCAAUCUAUGUGCGACCAACACCAAGCACGGCACAAUCAUGUCGAAGGAUAUCCAACUGACCCGGCGGAUCCGUUGCGAGCGUACUUAAGGAGGUGCAGGAGGAAGUGACCCCAGGGGAAGUGUGAAGUUUUGUUUUACUUUUUUUUUUGCUUGCAUCCUGGGUUGCAUGAAUGAAAUUGUAUUCCCUUUAUUAUAGAGACUUUAGCCUUGGGCUGGUUUAUCUCUGAAUAAAAUUGUUAAUCUUAAUAAUCAUAUUUUUUUGUUUUAUUUUACUUCUUAUUGAUAACCAUGAAAGAAAAUAAACAUUUACUGAAUUUCGGUAAUAAUGCAUGCCGAAAUUUUCGGCAAUGUAUUACCGAGCCACUCGUUAAAGUUUGACAGUUGAUGUUUGUCAAGUUUGCAGCCUAGUCGGCAAUUUGAACUUUUACCGAGAUUUUUACCGAGCUCUCAGCUGUUGGAUUCUCGGCGAUUUAUUUUGCCGGCCUCGGCGAAUUAAAUUAAGUGUGUACGGACGACCCGAACUGCUAAUCCGGUCCUUGCUGGAGAAAAUUCACCACGUUCCGAUGCCAAGGUACGACCGGUUGGAAACGGUGAUAGAAUUCGGAAUAGCGGUUCAAACUUUGGUUGAUCACCUAGUUGCAGCUGGCCAGAAUGUUCACCUCUCAAAUCCGGCACUCAUGCAGGAGUUGGUGGAGAAAUUGCCCGGAACGAUGAGAAUGGAGUGGGCUGUCUAUAAGUCUCGGCUUCCGGUAGCUACGUUGCAAUCCUUUGGAGACUUUAUGUCAAGAAUGGUAGCGACGGCGAGUGAGGUUUCGUAUGAACUUCCUACGCUUGAUCGGUCCGGCAAGAUCGACAGGACAAAACCUAAAAGCAAAGGCGCCGUUCAUGCUCACUCAGCGGAAUCCUCCACUAUUUCAACGCCAUCUACCUCAGUGGUCAAAACUGGGAAAUCGGUCAAACCGUGCCUGUGUUGCAGUCGAGAAGGCCAUAGACUGGUGGACUGUAGUCGGUUCAAGUCCCUGAACGCUGACGAUCGUUGGAAACUGGCGGAACAGAAGGGCCUGUGUCGGACUUGCCUGAAUAAUCACGGAAAGUGGCCUUGUCGUUCAUGGAAAGGGUGCGAAGUUGAAGGUUGCCGUCAUAAGCAUCACACUCUCCUUCAUGGUACAGCGUUGAGUUCGCAAUCUACAGGGAUGUCAGCAAGCCACUUAUCGAUCGGUCAGUUCUGCAUGUUCCGGAUAGUUCCAGUCGUGUUGCACGGAAAGGGGAAGGACAUGCUGAUCUUCGCGUUCAUUGAUGAAGGCUCCUCGGAAACACUCAUCGAAGAGGCAGUGGCCAAGCAA